AUGCCCAACGACGAAGCCAAUCACAGUAAACACCUCCUCUUCCAUUGGAAGAGCACCGAUGUUCUCGAGAUCAGCGACCAGAGGGCAACCACCACGACAAAUUCAAGCCCCCCAGCCGGGCACAGGCUCCUCGGUCCGAGCGGGCUCCCAGCAAACCCAACGCCCAUGUCUCGGUCCCAGCUCAUGGCGCCCCCACAAAAGUCGCUCCAACCCCAGGAAGGCCAGGGGCCCGUUCAUGCGAGGCCGGUGCCCAUCCGCAGGAAGCCAGUGCCAACCGCACAACCUCGUAGUGACAACAAUGCUCGCAACUCUGUGCCUGAGGGAUUUGAGCCCGGAGAGAAAAGGAGCACGAUGGCUACGCAGAGGAAUGGGGGUGCUACCGAUUCCUCUCACCGGACAGAUACCACACCCAUGCAUGCUUCGACAGCCAUCGAAGAGUGGAUCAAGAACACCGCCAGUAUGAGAAGGACAUAUCCAGAAAGUCCGAUAUCCGAGCGAGAGGAAGAUUUCAAGUCACCCAAACUUCCCACCAAAAGUCUGGCCAUUCCUCGGCUCGCCCGAGCCACUUGCCCCCCAACAUCUACGCACAGCCAGAGCAAGGCAGCUCGAGCGGAUCCUUUUGAUGGAGCAGAUCUUGUCAUCCAGGGAGAUGAGGCGUCUCAUGAUCAGAGAGAGUCGAUCGCUACGGGCAACAAGACGGCGGAGGGUACCGAAAGAGAAGCCGAGGAGGUCAGUGAGGAGGUGUUCCGGGUCCCAGAGGUCCCUUGUAAGCGGCGAGGCGAGGGUGAUCUGGCCAGUGAGGGAUGA